UGGAGAUUGGAUCCAGAGCCGACUUAAUGUGGUUAACCUGCCUACUGGCACAUCAUGGCAACUUUGUUGUGCUUGGCCAUAAAAACACAGCCUCCUCGUCUUCACAAGAAGACGGAAAGUGGAGCGGGGGAAAAAAGAGAAAAUAUCAAAGGCCUAAUUGUAAUCCUGUUGUGUGCUGGUGUAAUUGAUGGACAACAGGGCAACAGAGACCUGUAGAGGGACCUGGUGAGGAUCGGGAAGAGAGGUGAGGAUGGAGCCGGCAGGUAAGCACUAUGUGGUCUCAAGACCGCUGUACUCGGAGGACGCCUUCGCGAAGGACCAUAAGAGGACCACGAGGAAGAGGAAGACCCUGUUGGACCACUUCAAACAGUACUUCACUUGUGACUCCAAACGUGCUAAGAAUGCAGCCCUGUCUCUGAUGCCCAUCAUUGGCUGGCUGAGAAUCUACCGGUUAAAGGAGUGGCUGCUGAAUGACAUCGUCUCUGGGGUCAGCACUGGACUAGUGGCGGUGCUCCAAGGUUUGGCAUACAGCCUGUUGGCCUCCAUCCCUGCCUGGUAUGGCCUGUUUGCAGCCUUCUUCCCUGUUAUCAUUUACUUCUUUCUGGGAACUUCGAGACACAUCUCUGUGGGUGCGUUCCCUGUGUUGAGUCUGAUGGUGGGAGCUGUGGUCACCAGGCUUGUGCCGGACAUUGGUCCUACUGCCAACAUCACUGGCUUCGAGGGCCUGACCAUCGACGAACAGAGGGCCAUGGUGUCUGCUUCUGUUACUUUCCUCAUGGGCAUAUUCCAGCUGGCCAUGGGAGUCUUUCAGGUGGGCUUCAUCGUCAUCUAUCUAUCGGACACCCUGGUGUCCGGCUUCACAACGGCCGCUGCCGUCCACAUCCUGGUGUCGCAGCUGAAGUUUGUACUGGGUCUCACAGUGCCAGGAAUAAGUGGACCGCUCUCGAUCAUAUACACUCUGAAGGACAUAUUUUUGCAAAUCACAAAAACAAACAUCUGUGAUUUAGUCACUGCCAUUGUGGUCAUGGUGGUGGUAUUCAUUGUUAAGGAACUCAACGACAGAUACAAGUCUAAGCUUCCAGUGCCCAUUCCUAUAGAAGUCAUAAUGACUGUUAUAGCUUGUGGAGUCUCUUAUGCUGUCAACUUCAAAGAAAAGUUUGGAGUAGAUGUUGUGGGGAAAAUACCAAGCGGGUUUGAACCGCCGACGGCUCCAAGCCUGGAGAUCUUCCAGAUGACUGUGAUGGACGCGUUCCCAAUGGCCAUUGUGGGGUUUGCUGUGGCCUUCUCUGUUGGCAAAGUCUACGCUGUAAAACAUGAUUACCUUAUCGAUGGAAACCAGGAACUCAUUGCGUUUGGAGCCAGUAACAUCUUUGGGGGCACUUUUAGCUCGUUGGCAGCGAGCACGGCCCUCUCGAGGAGCGCAGUACAGGAGAGCACAGGUGGCAAAACACAGAUUGCUGGCCUGCUCUCAGCCCUCAUAGUUAUGAUUGUCACGUUAGCAAUUGGGUUUCUGCUCGAGCCUCUUCAGAAGUCUGUUCUGGGAGCAGUGGUUAUCAUUAAUCUGAAAGGAAUGCUGAUGCAGGUUCGAGAGGUGCCUUACCUCUGGAGGAAAGAUCGCCCGGACUGCGUGGUGUGGGUGGUGACGUGCGUUGCGUCCAUCCUGCUGGGGCUGGAUCUGGGGCUGGCCGUUGGGCUGGGCAUCGAGCUGCUCGUCGUCGUCUUCAGGACUCAGUUCCCGCGCUGCAGUGUCCUGGCAAACAUCAGGGGCACUGACAUAUACAGAGACCGCAAGGACUACCUGAGUAUGUAUGAGCCAGGAGGAGUGAAGAUCUUUAGAAUUCCCUCUCCAAUAUUCUUUGCCAACAUUGAGUUCUUCAGAGGGAAGCUACUAGAAGCGGUUGGUUUUAACCCUUUGAGAAUCUUGAGAAAGAGGAACAAAGCCCUCAGGAAGAUCAAGAAACUUCUGAAGAAGGGAGAACUCCAGGUUACAGCUAAAGGACUACUGGCUAUUGGUUCCUCCCCCAUUGAUGAGUCGGAGGACGAAUGCAACAUGGAGGAUCUGGACCUGCCCUCUGAUUACUCCCACCUGCCCGUGCAGGUCAACUGGAACUCCCAGCUCCCCGCCAACAUCUGUGUACCCCCGGUGCCCAUCCACAGCCUCGUCCUGGACUUCGCCGCCGUCUCUUUCCUGGACAUGUCCGCCAUGAAAGGCCUCAAAGCCGCCCUAAAGGAGUUUAUUCGGGUUGAUGUCAACAUCUACAUCGUGGCUUGCGACAUGUACCUAUAUAAGAAAUUGCAAAGCAUCAAGUUUUUUGACGACGAGAUCCAGACAUCCAUGUUCUUCGUGACCUUGCACGAUGCCAUGCUUCACAUUCUAGAGAGACACCCUGACACGACAAACGUUGACAGUGUAACUGAGAAGGUGCCCACAGGCCACACAUUUGACAACCUAGGCAACGGCAGAAGUAGCUUGCGCAGCCGGAUGGUAAGCAGCAAAGAGCAGGACAAACCAGUAGAGACCAAACUUUAAGGCUGAGGGGAUCGUCCUGAGCACAGUGGUCACUUCACUUGGCCCUGAGAAGAGAUGGGGCAUCCAGGGGUGUUUAGACAGAGAGGAUGAGUGGUAGACACCUCAUUGCAUAGCCACAUAUUUGAUAGGAGUCAUAUGUUAUGUUAUUUCAUACUGCUGAAUGGUUGCAUUGAGGUUAUGCAGAUGGGGAUGUGUAAAUAUAUAUAAAGAAAUGUAAGGAGACUUUUGUAAAAUCUGCAUAUAAAUGUUGCAUUUUGUAUGUGUAAAUUCAUCUCUAGAGAAGCUUUACUAUUUUACAUUUUCUAUUAUAAAGGCAUUUUGGGGGGAAAUCUUGUGAUGUGUAUUUUUGUAUUUAACAAGAUGAUAAUUGACUAAUCAUACUUCACUUAUGAUUUAGCAGUCUUACUACUACUAUUACUACUACUACUACCGGUACCUUUUCUAAGUGUCACUUGCUUGGCUUGCAUGUUAAAUUUACGCAGUUUAUGUACUUGUUUAGCACAUCUCUUCUCCUGCUUAUUCAAAUUCAAUAAAAU